AAAUAAAAAUGAAAAGGCACAGCUAGCGAGGUAGCGCCUAAAGGAAUGCCGAAAGUGCAUGCUUUAGUAUGGAUUACUGCUGCCUGUCUUGGACGAAGACGGUGCUAAAUCUGGAUCAUGCUCGCUUGACUUCAACACGGCUAAGUGAGAAUCCGAUGCUCUAUCUCACAUGAUCAUCAUAUGCCAUGCAACUGUCCCGGCCUGCUCCCAUCUAUUAGUAUAAUCACUCCUACCCUUUUGGAACUCCGAUCCAUUUGUCCACUUUCUUCCAUAUUUUGAACAACCGCAAGUUCGCAACCCUUGUUCACUUUACUCUUUUAGAAACCAGCUUCUGAUCUGUUUCUACUUUCAAUUUUCUUUUCUUGUUUCUGCGUAUCCCACGUAGGCUCCGGGGAAGGUACUGAAUAAUGGGAAAAUUAUGGACGUUAAUCACCCAGGUUCAUUCACUUUCUGGGCCGGUGUUAAUGUUGUUGUACCCCUUAUAUGCAUCGGUGAUGGCCAUAGAAAGCACUUCGAAACUGGAUGACGAACAGUGGCUUGCUUACUGGAUCUUAUACUCAUUUCUCUCUCUCAUGGAGAUGCUUCUCCAACCCAUUCUGGAGUGGAUACCAAUUUGGUACGAUGUGAAGCUACUGUUUAUGGGGUGGCUAGUCCUACCGCAGUUCCUAGGGGCAGCCUUCUUAUAUGAGAGAUACGUGAGAGAGCAAAUGAAGAAAUAUAGAGGCCGGCGGGUCAUGAGCGAUCAUCGUCACCACAAGUCUCCCAAUACCAUUAACAACAUGAAGGGCAAACAUAAGACGUUCUUGGAGUUCAUCACCCCCAAGAAAGGGGAGCAGGCGGCAUACUGAAUAAAGAAUUAGAUUUUGGGAGACAGCAUUAUUUUCCCGGCCGCUAGCAAGCUAAUUAAUUGUGUGGAUCAUCUUCUCUUUCAACGUUUCGUUUUCAUGGUUUUCUAGUUUUUUGUUGAUGUUACACUUGAUUGUCAGUCAUGUACGAGUUCGGAACUUCGAAUUAAAGGCUAGCUUUUGUAACUUUAA